GUUGCGCUUGCAGAUCACCACGGGCUAACAUUACAGCAGGGCGACUUUUGACGCUUUCAUCUGCUGCGUUAAUGUGAGGAAGCCAGGACAACACCGAACAAACAUUAAAAAGCUGACCGGAAAAACAUCAGAAUAAUUCCCAGGACUUUUGGGAGCAUAUUUUAUGGAUUGAUGUGAUGAAAGUUGAGCUUUUUUGAAGUUUUUGGUUCGCAGCCUGCCAACGGGGAUGUCCAGAGCCACGAGAUCAGCCUCCCGGUCUCCCAGCCCCUUGAGAUCCCAGUCCCGUUCACGCUCCAGAUCCCGGUCCACCUCGCAGUCCCGGAGAAGUCAUUCACGAUCUCGCUCCAGGAGACAUCGUUACAGCUCUAGGUCUCGUUCACGGUCCAGAUCAAGAUCUCAGUCUCCACUGUAUAACCGGGACAAGAAAUACCAAAACAGCCGGGAGUUCCGGGGCUACCACCGCGGCUUCCGGAGGCCGUACAACUUCCGAGGCAGAGGACGGGGCUAUUUCUCCCGCGGACGAUACCAGCGCGGUGGUGGCGGCGGUGGUGGUGGGAGAGGCUACAAUAACAACAAUAAUUUCCGUAACAACUGGAAAAAUCACAAACAGAACCCCCACAAGCAGCAGCAACAAAACCAGUCUCGAGGGCGACCCUACAUUCACAAGUUCUCCGGAAGCCCCCCUCCUCCCGGACACUCCCGCCACUCUGACCGAUCCCUUUCUCCAUUAUCCAGGAAAUCCCAGCAUUCUAACGCUUCCCCUCGUGGUUCUCCUCCCAAAGCCCCAUUGGUGGCUAAUCAGAGUUCCAACAAUGUUAAGGAGGAGCUCUUGGGCUCCAAGGAGGUCCAGAAAGAAGGGACAGAUGGAGAGGAAACAGAGGUGGGAGAUGCCCAUGAGGCUCAAAACAGUGGGACAACUCAGGAGGGCUGGCAAGUCUUGAUGGAAUGCAACAGUAGUCCAAAGAAAGCCAGUCCAGAAAAUCAUGCUGUCACUGUUCAAAACAGCCAAAACUCAAACCAGCCUGGCACCUCACCGCAAACCAUGAAAGACACCAGCAAUGGUGCCUCCUUGUGGGAGACAAUGUCUAAUGCACCUUCUACAAAAACGUUAUCACAGGAAGCGCUAAACCAAAUGCUUUCCAGCCUUGACGUCUUCAAGAGUGAAGAAUGUUUGGAUGGAGAUAAAAUGGCUAUCUCCAUUGCUUUCAGAAAGUUUUGGAAGGAGCACAAUAAAAAAUCCAAACCCACUUGGGAAAACAGGAGAACGGAGGCAGAUCCUGUAAAGGAGGAUCAAGUCAAUAUAAACGGUCCAGCGCCUGCAGCUGGCACUGAGGUUUCAUCAAAGCUAAAUGGCAAAGUGCCUUUAAACCAUUUGCUGAAGGAUUCUCCUUCUCUGUCUGAUGAGAUGGAGGAAGAGAUGAUCCCCAAGCCUCAUUCAAAGUCUCUUAAAAAAGAAAGGCACAACGGGGAUGUUGAAAACUCUCAUCCAAAGGUUGUCCAUCCGGCCAGAGAGCUAUUUGAGGAGUGCUAUGACAGAUGGCAAAAUGUGGCCUCUGCACAGGACGAACCUGACGCCCUGGGAGAGGAGAUGUACUCCGUUGAUAAAUCAGCUGCUGUCGCUCGGGGGCAAAUGGUGGGCACUUUUGAAAAGUUGGCUUGCAAACCCAGGAAAAUGUCAGAGUCUGCCUCCAUUCUGAGGCGGAACUCUGACAGGGAAAUGUUUACGCUGACUGCAGAGGACUCAUCACUGUUGUCCUUGAGAAAACCGGAGACCAAGAUUAAUGUAAGAAUGGAUUUCCUCAGAGACAGCUUGAUAGGCACUUCAGAAAUUUUAGCUCAGGAGCGACAGUUGUCUCAGGACCUGGUGCAAUCUUCAAAGAGGGGCCAGGAGUUCCGCUCUAUCUUUCAACAUGUUCAAGCUGCUCCAAUGCAGAAAACUCCCUCCGAGCUGUUUGCUCAGCACAUUGUGGCCAUCCUGCACCACAUCAGAGCUCAGCACUUUGCGUCACCCCGAAUGACUCUUAACGAGCGAUUCACUGUGUACCAAAGACAAGCUGCAGAGAAGGAGAGUAUGAAGCUGAGAAAAAGCCCAGAGAUUCACAGGAGAAUUGACGUAUCACCAAGUGCUUUUAAGAAACACUCUCAGGUUUUUGAGGCAAUGAAAAGCUCAGAGGAUGGCACUAACAAGGACGUCGAGGUAAAAACAAAGAGCGACCCGAUGGACCUGCGCUUGGAUAUCGAACGGCGUAAGAGAUAUUCCAGCCGUGAAAUAGAUUACGAACAUGAUGGGCUCAGGAAUUCUCCAGACACUCGUCGAGAGAGUUCUGAGGAAAAUUUCUCAAAGAAAUCAAAGAUCAGUGAAAGCAAGUGCUCUCGCUCCAGGUCGUCGUCGUCGUCGUCCUCCAAGUCCCAAAUGGAUGAUUUGCCCAAGCCUGAGCUAAAAAACGAUGGCUUUAACAGGGCACGGCUGGCUCCGACUGAGACAACUGCAGCGAAAGAAACGGCGUGGAGAGGAUUCCAAGUCCGAUUUCGCGGAAGGGGCUGGAAGAGGGGCAACUACCAGGCAGACUGCAAUCCAGACCUGCCAGUAGCACCCACGAACCAAGACUGUGAUCAGGGAUCUCCCCCAAAGAACAGAAAAUACUACUUGCAUGAUGAUCGAGACAGCGAGGUCGAAGCAAGCAAUUGGACGGAAAAUCAAGAAGGGCGCGGACGUGGCGGGGGCGGCUUCUCACGUGGACGGGCAAGGUUUCUUAUACGAAAAACCAAUGGUGGGGGCCCGAACAUCACGUGGGCCCAAGAUAACUUCCUGGUCAACGGCAUGCGGGAAGACCAGCUGGAACAGGACCAGAAAGACUGAAACAAUUGAGCGUCAACACAUUCAUAGAUCGUUUUCUUCAUGGAUCUGAUAUGUAUCCACUUGAAUAUUUGACAAACAUAGAUGUAACUGCUUACGAAAUGUUACUUUUGAGUCAUGAAACAGCGGACUACUAUUUCACAUACUGUACCUUCUCUAGUUAUAACCAUGCUUUAAGAAAUGACUGAAAGACGUUUUUGAGUAAAGAAAAAAAAAUAUCACAUUUUUACCUUCAACUUUUCAAACUGACUUGAGGUGUUUCAAGCCAAAUGCCUGCAUGAGCUCUGGAAAAAAAAAAAAGUGCUUCUUGUACUCGUGGUUGGGUUUCAAGCAGUGGCGAGCCUUCAAUGGGGAACCUACAUGACCUAAUCCACCUUUUACUACGUGUUUAAUUCAAUUCAGAUCACUCAGAUGUUCAGAUCAUGCUUUGCUAGUAAAAUCUGGCUUUCUCUGACCAAUCAAUCAGAGGUCUGAGGUCAAUGCUGGCAUUAUUGGGCGGCAGUUUCCUCUGACGUGAAUUUGAAAUUUGAUUGGUUGAAGAAAUUCCCAAAUAUAUUUUAAGACAAGCCACCACGGUGGGCUAGAAUGUUGGCUUCACAGUUCUGAGGACCAGGGUUUAAAUUCCGGCCCUGUCUAUGUGGAGUUUGCAUGUUCUUCCUGUGCCUGCGUGGGUUUUCUCUUGGCACUCCGGUUUCCUCCCACAUCCCCCCAAAAACGUGCAUAAAUUGGGGACCCUAAAUUGCUCUUAUGUGUGAUUGUGACUGUGACUGGUUGUUUGUCUCUAUGUGCCCUGCGAUUGGGUGCAGACCUGUUCAGGGUGUACCCCGCCUCCUACCCAAAGAUAGCUGGGAUGGGCUCCGGCACUCCCGUGACCCUUGUGAAGAUAAGCGGCACAGAAAAUGGAUGGAUUUUAAGGGAAGUCCGCCAGCACUACUGAUUGGGCAGAUUGGUUUUAUAUGUCAACACAUAAAGGCUCAAAUCUAGGUGAAGAAAAAAAAAAUCUAAUAUCCACGUACACAUACGAGGAGCAGCCAAGAAUAAUGCUUUUAAAAUAGGGAAAAAAGGCUACAAUUUCUUGAGACAAAUAUUACAAUUGAGGUCGAAAGUGAACGCUUCUAAUAGUGUUUUGUCCAGAAAAAAGGUCAUGCUCUCCUUGAGAGCUUACCACUCUGCUUCCCAAAAUCGCUGAUGAAUUUUUUAAAAGUCACAUUUGUAACUGAAACUAUUGAAAUUGACUUUUUUUUUUUCGUAGUUGUAGUUGUCACCUUGGGAUUCAAAGGCACUCAAGGAUACUGUUGACCUUGAUCUGAAAAACGGACCAAACUGUAAAAGGUCAUCAAAAGAUGAGGUCAUCUAUCAGAUUUACGGUAUCUAAUUUUAAAGCAAACUACCUGAAAUUUUACAAGGCUGUUCACAUUUUGAAUUUGUGUUGUUCACAAUAGGAACUUUAGCAAGCUGUCUUGGGCAAAACAAUUCAUGUGCAUAUGUAUCUAUAUAUAAAAUUAGUUCGAAGUUUUGUGUUCAUUCAGCAGGAUUUACAUUUAAGGUAUAAUUUGUGCCUAUAAACAGUCCUCAAACCAGUUAGCGUGACAUUGUGUGCUAAUAUGUCAAAAUAUCCUUCCACCUUUUUUUAUACUACAGAAACUGUAAGAAUGUUUAACAGAAUUUGUAGUUUCCUUUGCUGAAGUAUCUUAAAAACACAGAGAAUUGUUUACACCUUGCGUACAUCUGGCCUCCAUAGUAUAAACAGAGUGUACACAUGAAAUAAGAUAGUGGUAUUUAUAAGAACUUUUAAAGAUUAUUAAAAAGUUGGGACAAAUAGCAUAGAGUUCAGUUACUCUGUGUGUAAAAGUGAAAGUAUGCAGUAUUUGUGUUCACCUGCUGUGCCUGCUUGUGUUACGCUGGGUCGAUCAUAAUCGUUGUUUCAUGGGUGUUUCUUGUGCUCUUAAAGACUGUUUAAUUAAAUGGAACAUUGAUGACAACAGAGUUUAA